AUGUUGAAGGUGGGCUCUGGUGGAGAUGGUUACGUACCAAGCUACUGGGCUCGUACUUGUGAUACAUGUCAAGCUGCAGCCUGCACACUCUACUGCUAUACUGACUCUUCUUACCUCUGCAAAAGCUGCGAUGAGCGGAUCCAUGCUGCCAAUCCUAUGGCCUUGUCACACCAGCGUGUGUGGAUUUGCACUGUGUGCGAGAAUGCAGCAGCAGCUGUCACCUGCAGGGCUGAUGCAGCUUCACUUUGCAUCAAAUGCGACAUUGAAAUACACUCAGUCAAUCUACUGGCCCGCCGCCAUAUCAGGGUCCCUAUUCCACCACUCUCUGGUCUAGCAUGUUCUUCCUCAAGUACUCACCAGGAUGAGCUGCGAGGUCCCAUGUUUGGCAUGGAAAAUGAAAUUGCAGCCGCUACAAUAAAUGAGAAAAUUGAUGAAGAUGAAACUGAUUCUUGGUUAUUGCUUGAGCCUGAUAACACUGACAACCAGACCAUUAGUGGAUUUACCUAUGGUGAGAAAGUUGAUGAGUAUAUGGAUGUUAGGGAUACCAGUACCGAGUAUCAGUGCCAAGAACAGUGCAGUGAUCAGCAACAACUUCUGUGUGUUAAUUAUCCAGAAGACAGUGGAAGUGAUAUUGAUGUUCCAGUUCAAACUUUUGAAUCAAAGAAUCAAUCACAGCAACAAGAGAAACAACUGCAGCAGCAAACACACCAGUGGUUGCAGAGUAUUUACUUCAAUACAGAACAUAGGAGAUCAAAAGCUGCAUUCAUUAAUACCCCUUCAAGUACUCUAAGCGUCCCCAUACCGCUCAUUACUGCUGGCAUUUUACCAAACGCUACAAGCAACAUCCCGAGUACAUACACUGGAUUUCCAAAUGGGGCAACUGAUCUCUUUCCGUAUCCCUUGCCUCUGUUCCCACUCCAAUUUACACCAAUGAACAGGGAAGCAAAGGUCCUACGUUACAGAGAGAAGAGGAAAGCGAGAAAGUUUGAGAAGAAAAUAAGAUAUGCCUCCAGGAAAGCCUAUGCAGAGACUCGACCACGAGUCAAGGGCAGAUUUGCAAGGAAAACAGAUAUGGAAAUUGAGGAUGAUCAGCUGUUCUCAAAGGAAGACUAUGGCUAUGGUAUUGUUCCAUCAUUAUGAAGUAAAAUAAGAGGCUAGGAUAGAAAAUCUUUUGAUGAUGGAGAAUGAGUUAAUAUCUCUAUUAAUGUAGUGCUUUGUAGUCUUUCCAUGUAGUUCAGUGAAUAAGAAGAAUAAUAUCUGUGUGUUUGCUGUAAAUUUUAUUUUUCUCUAAACUUAUCUAUUCAUAUUCAUUGAAAUUGUAUUGGUUUAUUUUUCUUGCAUUCAUUGUGAAGUUGUAAUACAAUCAUCAGACUCUUUCUGUA